GACGUCACUAGACGGCGCGUUGCCGUCCCAGGGCUCCGGCGACUCCGUCUCACUUCCAGGUCUCCUCGGGAGUAGUUCUGCGGGACCGCUCGACUGGGCCGGCUAUCAUGUGAUUCCAGAGCUGGGCAGAAGGAGUCAUGCUUUCCAAUGGUGCUGCGGAGAACGGGCGGCAGUCCCAGGAAGUUGCCCGGCUGAUCAAGAAGCACCUGGUGCACUCCAUCAAGGCCCUGCAGAAGCACUACGUGACGUCGGAUGCGCUGGUGACCAGUGAUGACGGGGACGCCAACACCCUGUGCUGUGCGCUGGAGGCGGUGUUCGUGCACGGGCUGAAGGCCAAGUACAUCAAGAUGGAAGCCGGAGCCAAAGGGAGGAAACUCGGGGGGCGCACGCCUCUCCCUCAGCCAGUUUUCUGGGCCCUUCUAAAAUCCAUCACGCACAGAAACAUAAUUUCCGAACUGGAACGCUUGGACUUCAUCAACACGGACGUGGGGCGCUGCCGCGCGUGGCUCAGACUGGCGCUGAACGACGGCCUGAUGGAAUGCUACCUGAAGCUCCUCCUCCAUGAAAAGGGCCGCCUCUCGGAGUACUACCACUCGCCGGCCCUGCUGCUGGACGCAGAGGAGUGCGAGUUCCUCCUGAGCUACCUGCAGGGCUUGUCCUCCUUGGCCUUUGACCUCUCGUACAAGUCUGCAGUCUUGAACGAGUGGACGGUCACGCCUCUCUCGUUGUCGGGCUUGUGCCCCGCCUCAGAGCCGCUGGACCCCCUGGGGAGUCUGGAACCGCGGCGGAAGGAGUCGCUGGGGUCUCUCUCGCAGUCUUCUGGCUCUGACGAGGUCGAAGGUCACCCUGCUCUCUUGCCCCUGGCCAAAAGCCAGCAGAUCGAGAAGCUGAUGGCAUCCAACCUGAGCAUCAGCACGACGGGGUCAUCACAGCUGUCCUCCAGCGUCGGCUCGGACAGCCUCCUCCCUGGCAGCUGCACCCGGAGCCCAGAAAGGGGCGAAGGACCCUCCUUGGAUUGCGCUGACGUCGGCCCCGCAGCUGCAAGAGACUUGGACCGGUCACUCCAAGAGGUGUUGGCACAAUUCAGCAGAGCGCAAAGGAAGCUGGAAUCUGCCGGAGAGAAGCCAGCCCGCAUCUCGCCCGGCUCUUCCGUGCCACGCGGCCCCUGUCCUGUGACCAGCUCCUGCACGGCUCCCCUUCCUUGUCCAGAGGGGGCUGAAAGCCCAGCGGUGGCCCAGCUGCCUCCUCCUCCUCCUGCGACCCCCCAACCUCCCUGCGGAGUCGUCUCACUUAAAACGGCGGAAACGGCAGAGCGCUUGAUAGCCCCGAGUGCCAGGAUCCAGCCCGCACCCAAGCUGGCCAGAGCACCUAUUGCCAGACGAGACGUGGGAGCACCCCAGGUUCACUGUGGAGUUGAAGAGGACAUCUGCCGCGUGAAUGGCCACGACGGAAACCAGCCACAGAUGGGAGGACUCCUCUCACCAGUUUCUCCGCCAGAAGAGGGCUCUAGCUAG